UUAAUGCCCACAGUGCUGCUCAUGGUGGUGUCCGAGUUUGAACGGUAUUUUUUCUCUCUGUGCAAGUUUAUAUGUGUAUAAAAAAAAUUUACAUUCUAUUUUGACGCGAACUAUUAACAAAAGAAAACAUGUACUGGAUGCAAGUGAAUAAUGAGUGAAUAAUAAGUGAAUAAUAAGUGAGUGUAAACAACUUUUAAGAUCAUGCAAACAGUUGGUCUAAUAAUAAUAAUAAUUUCAUAAAGCAAAUAGCCCGAGUGUUAAUUUGCGUACGCCCCGUUGAUGCAAUCUCCGUGGAUAUAAAAUUGGACAACAAAAUGGACCCUUCUGAAUAUGCAAUAACAAUAAAAAAAGAGCCAAUCGAUCCAGAGAUCUGCGAUGAUUUGUCGCCAGUUGAUACAAAUACAGGGAAUAAAAAUGAAACAGCGACGUUUAAAGGUGAAUCUUCGGACGACGUUUAUUGUAACAAUGAAGAAUCCGCGUUUCCUCAAGAAAGUACGUAUUUAGAAAAUAACAAAUCGGAUCCUGAUAAACGAAAAAGUAAACAUAAAGUACCUUCAAACAACAGAAUAAGUUGCAAUGUUUGUUUGUUAACUUUUCAAGCUAAACAUUUAUUGGAACUGCAUAAUAAAUUAUAUAGCUGUAAUGUAUUUAAGUGUGAUAAUUGCACUGCAAUCUUCACUAUGCAUAUUUCGUUAAUACGUCAUUUAAAGAAGCGAUGUUGUACGAAAAAAUUGUCUGGAUAUAAGUGUAAUUUUUGUAACCGAAAGUUUUCCUAUAAAAGACAUGUCCAGUCUCAUUUAUUCCAUGCGCAUGGGAACGCAAUAUUUUCUGGUGGAAGCAAAAUUAUGAAAACAUCUCCUGAAUCGUUAGGAAAGUCGAAUCAUUCGGAUGAUAUAGUCAUGGCAGAAUCAAAAACUUCACACAGUCCCUGCUCAAAGAACGUAAAUAGCUCAAUAAAUAUAUCUUUGAAACUAUCUAAUGACUCAAAGAAUACAUCCACCAAGGAUUCGAGCAGCAAGAUCAAGUUUACGCAUCCGAAAUGGUUAAACGAUUCGCAUGGUACACCUUCGAAAAGAAUGAAGCAAUCCGUCCUUACAGACUUCAUAUCGACGUACAAAGACAAACCGAAUGACAGAUGGGUUAGCCCGGAAAAAGUUAUCGAUACGGAGAAUAUUCCUGUUACUGCGACUAUUAUUCCAACUUUAACGCUCGAGACAUUUAGUAACAAGACAUCAACGGCUGCAGAAGUUAUUCAGAUGUCUACUUCUGUUAAGCGAAUCGAAUCUCCUGUUAGGAAAAGAUCAUUUGUUCAAAUUCGUGUGAAUUUAAAGACAAUGAUAUCUUUAUUAAGGAACGAAAUAAAAGCUGAAUCUGAAAGCUCUAAUACCUCGCACAAUAUGUCUUACAACCUUAGGCCAGUGAAAAGAUGUUCUUCUUUAUAUGAUUCUUACGAUUUAUUGGAGUGUAAAGAAUGUGUGGUCCGCUUGGAGAAAUGCGACAAAUUCUUGGAGCCUUCUAGUUUUGUGUCAAACGAAGAUGAAGACGAAGACGAAGUCGAAGACAACAACAAACAAGCAGUAUCGAAAAAUGUGAAAGAGGAAUUUGAAGGUUUUCGCGAAACAAGCUCGACAUGUAACAUGCCUUUGAAAGCUGACACGAUUGCGUCAAAGCGAUUCAAUGAAUUUGUAAAAUCUUUCGCUGAUAGAUUAAUCGUACUUCAACAAGAAUCGGUUGAAUUUCAGAAGAACUUUAAAGUCUGUCAGCAGAAAAUAAUUCAAUGUCAUAUUUGUAAAAAAUCGUUUUCUUCGAAGAAAAACCUGCGCGAGCACAUGAAAUUGUUCCAUACGAUUUACAUUUCGAGCAUAUGCAACGCGCGUUACACGUCCAUGAAUAAGUUACUAACUCACUAUCUACGUCAGCAUGGUGUGUUUAAACGAAGGGAAUGUUGCGUGUGUUAUGAGAAGUUUGACACGUCGGCACUGUUGAAGCGGCACAUGAUUCUGCAUUGUUUGAAGACCAUAAGAUCAAAAAAGGACGCUUCACCGGUUGAUGUUGAAAUAAAUUGCAAUGCAUUCAAGAAACAACACAAAUGCAAAGGUUGUCGCAAACGAUUUUGGCUAUACUCAUGUUUGAAACAACACGAGAAUGUAUGUCGUCGAAUGAAAGUGUUAAGAAAUAAACAACGUGUACCUCGUGUAAACCAUUUGUCUCGGUCCUUGAAAGAACCAAGUGACAUGGAACUCGGCAUAGUACAGUCGCCUGAUUUGGAACAAACGUUGGAUGUUUCGGGUGGGACGACAAGAUCUUUGAAAAAUUAUUUGACUCCAAGUGCGCUUAAUACGGAUGAUACUUUCUCUUCGUCAUUCGAUACAGCUGCAAAACACAGAAGGUUACUUAAUGGGAUUGCAUGCUUAAAGGGUCAUAAAGCGGACAAGAUGAACAGAACAAAGUUUCCUUGCACUACUUGUGGAACACAAUUCCAAACAUUUAAAAAUUUGUGCAUACACGAGCGCACCUAUCGCCAAACAGCCACAGAAAAGUGUAACGUUUGUAACACGAUGUUUUCCACUAAAAGAUUCUUACAGUUUCACAUGCUUGCUACUCAUGUGCCUUCGUGUUCGGUGAACUACAAAUUCUUUUGUAAGUUCUGCAAUCAAGGAUUUGUUAAGAAACAGAGUCUUCAAAUUCACGAACGACACUUGCAUAUUGGGCAAGAUUCUAGGCUGGUGCUGAAUUCCGAUUGUGUUGUGGAAGAUAAACCAAUCUGCAAUAUAUGUCAUUUGUUAUUCGAAUCCUACGAACGUUUAGUCGAGCACAACACGUAUUAUUACAAGGGCAAUGAUUUUUUAUGCGCAAUAUGUGGUAAGUCGUUUCAAGGAAUGUACAAGUUUUAUCAUCACAACAAGUUGGAGCAUUAUCCGGACGAACCAUCGAAAUUGUACCCUUACAAAUGCGAUACUUGUAACGAAGGCUUCAGCUACGAAUCACAUCUCCACGCACAUAGGCUACACGUUCAUUCGCACGAUUCGCCAGCUGACAAAACGCGCGACCGCGAUACAUCGGAUCAGACUUUUCGCGUGUGUUCAUAAUUCUUUGGAUAAAUUAAGAUAAUCAUAAAAUAAAAGCAUAGAGAAUAUUUAAUUCUUCGAUUUAUAGGUCGUUUGAAAAUCAAUUUUCACGGUACUAUACUGAAGAAUCGGCCUAGAUUGAGACGUACAAUAAACACGCCAAGUACACAUACACAUACGAAGCAAAUGAUUUCAAAGUGUCCUUUAAGUCAUGUAUUCGCAUUUUCCAUGACACGCAUGAAAUGUAUCGAUAUUUGUUGAAAUAUAAUUUACAAGACAAAUCAACGCUUCUGACCUAAUACGAACUGCGCUCGGCUUAAACAUCGAGCAUUGAGUGAAGUUUGGGUGUCAGCCGUAGGCGCUUCCUGUUCAUUGUUUGCGAUGGUCUCAGUUUGUUGAAGCAGAAUAUGUCAAGCAUUCGCUAGACGAACAGCCAGAAAACGAGUGAACUAGAUAUUCCAUACUGUCUCUAACUUUAUUUAAUAUACAUCGUUUUGUUCCCAUAAGAGAUAAAGAGAUCUAAUCGCGUUAUUGUAUCGUUUACUAAGUGUCGCUUGAAACAGCUUAAUGAAAAUUAUGAUAGAUCGAGUAAUAAAUUUGUCUGCUUUUCUUUGAACGCGUUAUAUUUAUGUGCUUUCAUAUACGUAUAUGUUUCCGUGUGUGUGUGUGUGUGUGUGUGUGUGUGUGUGUGUGUGUGUGUGUGUGUGUGUGUGUGUGUGUGUGUGUGUGUGUGUGUGUGUGUGUGUGUGUGUGUGUGUGUGUGUGUGUGUGUGUGUGUGUGUGUGUGUGUGUGUGUGUGCAUGCGUGCGUGCAUGCGUGCGUGCGUGUGUAUUUUAUCAAGUACGUUAAUCACUACCCUAUUUCAUUAUUGUAAAAUUUUUUGUUAAAGGGAGUUUUUCGUUCGACGUGCGCGUUUGCGGAUCUUUAUAUUUUGUAAAUUGUUUUUGGUCAGCCUAAAUGUUUGAAGAAGUUAGAAAAUAAAUGAAGCGAGGGUAAGUAAAUGUUGCAAUUUCUUUUCUUAAUUGGCCUGAUAUUCGUCAUUUUUCUUUUAUUGCAAUGUUUAUUCGCUAUAAUUAUUCGUUUAAACGUCCGCUCAGUAUAAUAAUUAUAACAUCCGUUAAAAAAUGAACAAACCUAAUUGUUUGUUCGACCAAUCGCGGGGAGACGUAGUCGCUAGGAGAGACGUCAACGGGAGUCGUAAAUUCCCGUUACGAUUAUAACAAUCGACACCACGACUUGAUCGAUCCCCUGAUUUCCGUUGAGAUAAUAGGGGUGAUUGAGUUUGUAUAACACUGUGAUUCACAGAAUUAUAAAUUAUAUAUUUCCAACACUUAGAUUACACUGAUGAGCAUAGAUAGAUAGAUAAUCACUUAUCGCACGAAGAUAAGAUAGAUAUGUACGUUAGAGCAGGGCUCUUAUAAUUGGAUUUAAUGUAUUAGUGGACGUAGCACUAUAAGAUAUUUAGGAGAGGAAAUGUAUGCUCGACAAUACCGAGACCGACUCUCGCGUUAUGCUUAGACUGCCCCGAUAGGCAUUAGCGUUAGACUUAGUAGUUGACUUUUCCAACGAUGUAGAAGAAGUGAAGUUGAGUGACGAUGCUGUGUCGGAGGAAAGCUAGUGAUCGGUGUGUCUAGCGCACGGGAUCAUCGGAUUUGUUCAUACCAUUUUAGGUCAGGAAGUGAGGGCAGUAUACAUUGCCUCGGAUUGGACAAACGAAGGUUGGUGGACUAGGAAGGGUCUUAACCGCCCUCGAUAGAAAGUUGCUAGUAGGAAGCAUCGUACGUGAGAAAAACUAACUUUCCCGUGUCAAGCCGUAGUAAACAAUAGUCUUUGGAAACUGAUUUAGAAAAGACAUUUGUUGGGUCUGAAGGACCUUAGCAGGCAAGUGACUCGGGUUUAUGACGGGUGCUUAAGGCUAUUGAGGGUACGCCGUACGGAAGAGCGGACAUCUGGUGUCCGUCUGGCCCGCGGUGUGUGACCUGGGCCAGGCAGAGAAUCGCCCAGCGCAACACUAAUAAUGAAUCUGAUAUUGAGAUUAAAAAAAAAUUCAUUUCGUUUAUCACACGUGGAAUGAUUAUAUGAUAAGUUUCAUAUUUGACAGAUGACUAAUUGAAAUAUGGAUCGUAAUUACAAUUUUCAUUAUGAGAUGAUAUAUUUACUUACCCAGCUAUCGAUUAAUAACGUCGAAUGAUAAUUGUACGGGAACGAUAUUGCUUUGUAAUGUGCAAUUAAACUAUUACGUUAAAUAUUCAGUAAAUAAAUAUUUCAAUUUCCAUCACAGUGUCGGUCGUACAAUACGAUAAUCGAGAGGAACAUGAGACCAAGAACGAUAUGUAUCGCUAUGAAAGCGCGAAUUAAAAUUGUCGUAUUAGAAUUUCUAUAAAGAAAUAAGAAUUGACGUUUAUAUCACAGAAUAGUUGCAGCGCGUAAUCGAAUAAAUUGGUUGUUCCA